GAUUUCGGCAUUUCAUAAACGCGCUAGUCCGUUAUUGGGUUGCACGUGUGAGAGGUGUUUUGUUUUGCUCCAUGAACUCGGUUUAAUUUAUCCGUAAAACGCGAUAUAAAACAAUGGUCGCCAAAGGAAAGAAGGCCAGCGCAGAUGCGGUUUACGCCAAAAAGACAACCAAGUCGGCCAAUCCCUUCGACAACUCGACGGCACAGUCCAGCAAGCGGGGCAAUCCCUUCGAUGUGCACGUGAACAAGGAGAAGUUCAAGAUUCUGGGGAGGAUCUGCAAGCAUGACAGGGGAAUGCCGGGCGUGUCGCGGGCCAAGGCCCUGCAGAAACGAGCGCAGACCUUGGGUCAACAGUUCGCCGUGAAGCACAAGACCAAUCGCUUCAGGGAUAACCGAAUUGGCAAACACUUGAGUGGCGAUCAGCUAACCGAGUCCGUGAUGAAUGCCCGCUACCUGGCCGAAAAGAUGUCCCAAGUGCGCUCCAACCAAAAAGCGGAGAAGUUCAACCUCAACGACGACGAGCUACUGACGCACAGGGGACAGACUCUGGAGGAGAUCGAACAGUACAGGGACGAGCGCUCCGACGACGAGGAGCUAGACGAUGAGGCAUUAGAUGCCGACUUCACUGCUGCUGCCCAUUUUGGCGGAGAGGGAGACUCUGCCCAGGAUCGCCAGGCGGCCAUCGAUGAGAUGAUCGUUGAGCAAAAACGACGAAAGAACGAAAUCGCCAAAGAGAAGGAUGAAGUGUUUGAUCUCACCGAGAAACUGGAUGCCAACUAUAAGCUUCUGCUGCCGCUGGUCAACAAGGCCACGAAGGAUGAGCAGGAUGCCAAGCCACCGCCAGAUGCCUACGAUAAGCUGCUCAAGGAGAUGAUCUUCGAGCCUCGUGGCAGUGUCGCGGAUAAACUAAUCAAUCCAGACGAGCUGGCCAAGCAGGAGGCAGCUCGAUUGGAGAAGCUCGAGAACGAGCGGCUUCGUCGCAUGCGAGCAGAUGGCGAGGAGGAAGAGGAGGCCUCCAUUGCCAAACCCAAGCACCGAUCCGCUGAUGACCUGGAUGAUGGCUAUUUCUUGGCUGGUGAAGGUGACGAGGGAGAUGAUACACUCGCUUACGAUUUGGACGGCAAUCUGGGCACGCAUCUCAAUGGAAAGAAGGAAGCCGAGGCGAAGGGAAACGAAAAUGAGGACGACGAUGACGAGGAGGGGGAAGAAGAGGAAGAGGAGGACUCGGAUGAGGAGAGUGAUUCAGAGGUCGACAAUCUGAGCGAUCUCAAGGAAUCUGAAAGUGAAUCAGAGCCAGAAGAAGCUCCAAAGGCGAGCAAAAAGAAAGCGAAAAAGUCUGCGGAUACAAUACCCGCCUCCUUGGACACCAGUAUUCCGUUUACCAUCAAGAUGCCCAAGACAUACGAGAACUUCACAGAGCUUCUCUCCAAGCAUGCUACGGCCCAGAAAGCCACCAUUAUCGAAAGGAUCAUAAAAUGCAAUCAUCCCAAACUGGAAGGCGUUAACCGCGAGAACGUGGUUAAGUUGUACUCAUUUCUGCUGCAAUAUCUAAAGGAUUUGUUCGAGGAUGCCAGCGAGCAGGACAUUCGCGAACACUUCCAGUUGCUCUCAAAGCUCAUGCCUCACUUAUAUGAAUUAACGCAACUGAAUCCCGAGCGCAUGUCCAAUACGUUGCUGGACGUGAUCAAAGAGAAGUACGGAGAGUUUAGGAAAAAUCACAAGCUGUAUCCUUCACUGGACACUUUGGUGUACUUCAAACUAGUGGCCAACUUGUACUCGACUUCCGAUUUCCGCCAUCCGGUGGUCACUCCUUGCUUUAUAUUCAUGCAACACGUCCUGUCCAGAUCACGAGUGCGAACGCGCCAGGAAAUAUCCAUGGGCUUGUUCCUGGUCACCGUAGUCUUGGAGUUUGUGUCCCAAUCCAAGAGACUGGUUCCAGCCAUAUUCAAUUUCCUGCAGGGCAUUGUACACAUGUCCAUACCUAAGAGGGAUGUGGAGCAGUUGGAGAUCACGCCGCCAUUUGAGCGGGAUGGUCCAUUGAGCAAGCUCCUAGCACUUCCAGCUAAAACGGAAUCCACGAACUUGGAGCCCGAAAAGCUGCAGCCUGCGGACUUGGUCACCCAGACGAUCACUCCAGACUUCAAAGUUCGAGCACUGGACACUUCCCUUCUGCUAAUCAAGGAAGCUCUCCAGCUGGUGGAAGAGCAUGUGGGUGCCUGCUACCUGGCUCAACCCUUCCUGAGACUACUCUCCCGCCUUCCACUGGACUCGUAUCCCGAGCAUGUGCAUCAGCACCACAAGGAAGCCACCGAACUGGCGGAGAAGCUGGCUGCGCAGAAAAUGAAACCUCUGGCUCCGUCGGAAAAGAAGCCCAAGGCUCUCAGGUUGCUGGAACCACGAUUCGAGGCGGUUUACGAUGACAAACGGCGUCCCAAGAUGUCCAAGGCCAAGGAAGAGCGGGCCAAGCUGCUGCACAAGAUCAAGCGCGAGAAGAAGGGUGCCAUUCGAGAAAUACGCAGAGAUACGGCCUUCGUCCAGACGCUUAGGCUCAAACAGACCCUGCAAAGUGACAAGGAGCGCCACGAGAAGGUUAAGCGCAUUUACCAGGAGGCAUCCGUGCAACAGGGCGAGCUCAAUGAGCUGGCUCGGGCCAAAAAGAAGAAGAAGUUCUAGGCUCGACUUUGAAUUAGUUAUUUUUAGCUAGACUAUAAACUAAGCUGAGAGUAAAGAAUAUAGCAUCUUGCUUAUAUUUUAGUAUCACGAAA